GCGCUGCGCUCCGCCCCCCGCGGCGGGGCUCCGGCUCCGGGGCGAGUGCGGGGGGCGGCGCGCAGGGGCCGCGCCUCCAACUUGCCGGGAGCCCGCGGGGCGCGGAUGCGGCGGCAGCAGCCUGCAAGGUGCAGCCUUGCCGGCAUCCCCAGGAGCUGAUGUGAUAGAGCCAGGACCCCCGGUGCUAGUCUCUGUGCAAGCACAGACCAGAGGCAGUAGACGAUUAUGGAGUGAUGGUGACUAACGGGCAGAUGGUUGUGGCCCAGCUGUCCCCUCCGCCGUGUCCCAGCCAGGUCCCAUGGUGUGUCCUCAGCGUUGUCGCCAGCAGUGGGAACUGAGAGCAUAGGCAUCUCCUCAGGUCUUGGCUGUGUGUCUGGUAGCCACCCCACACGUGGUGCUUUUCACACAUGAGUUCAAGAAGACUUCCUAGUUAGAAGAAGUGAUUGCUUUGGAGGACAGCAUGACCACCAUGAAAGGAAGCUGCCUCCUUGCACUGCUGCUGGCAGAACUUGGGGUAUUAGGUAUACUGGAGUCAACAACAACAGAAGAUACCCAUUGCCACAGAGCUGAGCACCCAGUUAUUGCAUACAAAGAAAUCGCCCCUUGGUUACGUGUGUUCAGAGCAGAAGAUGCUGUAGACUUCUCACAGUUAACGUUUGACCCAGGACAAAAAGAGCUUAUUGCUGGAGCAAGAAACUACCUCUUCAGGUUGCAGCUUGAGAAUCUCUCUCUAAUACAGGCAGUGGAGUGGCAAUGUGACGAAGCUACUAAAAGAGCCUGUUACAGUAAAGGUAAAUCAAAGGAGGAAUGCCAGAACUAUGUUCGCGUGCUUCUCGUCGGAGGCAACCACCUCUUCACCUGUGGGACCAAUGCCUUCACGCCUAUCUGCACCAACCGGACGUUAAGUAACUUGACAGAGAUACAUGACCAAAUCAGUGGUAUGGCUCGUUGUCCGUACAGUCCCCAACACAACUCCACUGCUCUUCUCACUUCCAGUGGGGAGUUAUAUGCUGCUACAGCCAUGGAUUUUCCGGGAAGGGAUCCUGCCAUUUAUCGCAGUUUGGGGGCCCUUCCUCCUCUCCGCACUGCACAGUACAACUCCAAGUGGCUGAAUGAGCCAAAUUUUGUGUCGUCUUAUGACAUUGGGAACUUUACCUACUUCUUCUUCCGGGAGAAUGCAGUGGAGCAUGACUGUGGGAAAACAGUCUUCUCUCGUGCUGCUCGGGUGUGUAAAAAUGAUAUUGGUGGCAAGUUUGUGCUGGAGGAUACUUGGACUACUUUCAUGAAAGCUCGUCUGAACUGCUCUCGCCCUGGAGAAAUUCCAUUUUACUAUAACGAGCUACAGAGCACUUUCUUCCUGCCAGAAUUGGACUUGAUUUAUGGGAUUUUUACCACUAAUGUGAACAGCAUAGCAGCCUCAGCAGUUUGUGUCUUCAACCUGAGUGCCAUAACUCAGGCCUUUAAUGGACCCUUCAAAUACCAGGAAAACUCUCGUUCUGCUUGGCUUCCAUAUCCCAAUCCAAACCCUAAUUUUCAGUGUGGCACGAUGGACCAGGGUCUGUAUGCAAAUCUGACUGAGAGAAAUCUUCAGGAUGCUCAAAAAUUCUUUUUAAUGCAUGAGGUGGUCCAACCAGUUACUCCCAUUCCUUACUUCAUGGAAGACAAUAGCCGAUUUUCCCACGUGGCGGUGGAUGUGGUCCAGGGCAAGGACAUGCUUUUCCAUAUCAUCUACCUUGCCACAGACUAUGGCACUAUUAAGAAAGUACUCGCCCCAAUGAACCAGACAUCAAGCAGCUGCCUGCUCGAGGAAAUUGAACUCCUGCCAGCGAGUCAGAGAGAACCCAUCAGGAGUCUCCAGAUCCUGCACAGCCAGAGUGUUCUGUUUGUGGGCCUUCAGGAGCACGUGAUUAAGGUCCCCCUGAAGAGAUGUCUUUUCUACAAAACAUACAGUGCAUGCAUUGGAUCCCAAGAUCCUUACUGUGGCUGGGACAUGGUGAUGAAGAAAUGCACAACGCUGGAAGAAAGUCUGAGCAUGAGUCAGUGGGAGCAAAGCAUUACUGUGUGUCCAAUCAGGAAUCUGACGGUGGAUGGGAGUUUUGGAACAUGGUCACAGUGGAAACCUUGCACCCACACUGAUGGCGCCAGUGUUGGCUCCUGCCUCUGCAGGACUCGUCUGUGUGACAGCCCAGCUCCUCAGUGUGGAGGCUGGCUGUGUGAAGGACCAAGCAUGGAAAUUGCCAACUGUUCCAGAAAUGGAGGCUGGACACCAUGGACUUCUUGGUCACCUUGUAGUACCACUUGUGGAAUAGGCUUUCAAGUUCGUCAGCGUUCCUGCAGCAAUCCAACCCCUCGACACGGAGGACGUGUCUGUGUGGGACAGAAUCGUGAGGAGAGGUACUGCAAUGAGCAUUUGUUGUGCCCUCCUCAUGUGUUUUGGACAGGCUGGGGUCCAUGGGAACGCUGCACUGCUCAGUGUGGAGGAGGGAUUCAGGCUCGGCGUAGGACAUGUGAAAAUGGUCCCGACUGUCCUGGCUGUAGUGUGGAAUAUCAGCCAUGUAACACCAAUGCCUGUCCAGAGUUAAAAAAGACAACUCCUUGGACACCUUGGACUCCAGUCAAUAUUUCAGACAAUGGUGGCCACUAUGAACAACGAUUCCGAUAUACCUGUAAAGCGCACUUGCCUGACCCAAAUUUGUUAGAGGUGGGGAGACAAAGGAUUGAAAUGCGUUACUGUUCCAGUGAUGGCACCAGUGGAUGCUCGACAGAUGGAUUGUCAGGAGAUUUCUUGCGUUCUGGACGAUACUCUGCUCAUACUAUUAAUGGUGCCUGGUCACCGUGGUCUCCGUGGUCUCAGUGCAGUCGUGACUGCAGUAGAGGUAUACGGAAUCGCAAACGAGUCUGCAGCAAUCCUGAGCCCAAGUAUGGAGGACUUCCUUGCCUUGGCCCAUCUCUGGAGUAUCAAGAAUGCAACAUUUUGCCUUGUCCAGUUGAUGGAGGCUGGUCUUGUUGGUCAUCUUGGUCAAAGUGCUCGGCAACUUGUGGAGGAGGGCAUUACAUGAGAACCCGCUCUUGCACAAACCCCGCUCCAGCAUAUGGAGGAGAUAUUUGUCUUGGACUUCAUACUGAAGAAGCACUGUGCAACACACAACCAUGUCCAGACAGCUGGUCAGAUUGGUCUGAGUGGUCCGAGUGUGACUCGUCUGGAGCUCAGUUCCGUGUUCGGCAGUGCAUUAUUUUAUUUCCUGUGGGCAGCCAGUGUUCCGGGAACACCACGGAGACCCGAGCCUGUGCUUUUGGCUCUAACUUUGUACCAGAAAUAACAGUGGCACGAUCCAGCAGCAUAGAAGAAAAACGAUGUGGUGAGUUCAACAUGUUUCACAUGAUUGCAGUGGGAUUAAGUAGCUCUAUACUUGGUUGCCUUCUUACCCUGCUUGUUUACACCUAUUGCCAACGUUAUCAGCAACAGUCCCAUGAUGCAACUGUAAUCCAUCCCGUAUCACCAGCUCCUCUAAAUACCAGCAUCACCAACCAUAUCAACAAACUGGACAAAUAUGAUUCUGUAGAAGCCAUCAAGGCAUUUAACAAAAACAACCUGAUUCUGGAGGAGAGAAACAAAUACUUCAAUCCACAUCUUACUGCAAAGACUUAUUCCAAUACCUAUUUUACAGAUUUCAAUAAUUAUGAUGAAUACUAAUGGGUUUGUGUAUUUUCUGGCCUUCUGUAACUCCCCAGUCCCUAAGGCCUAUGCUACAUGACUGCUCGUGUGAUUGAGGCUUCAGAGAUGAAGUUCAGAGACAUUUCUAGCAUGAUCCAAGCCAUCAGUGUCCCAUUGCUGCAAAAAACCCCAAACACCUGUUUGUGACCUGAUGUUUUCUUUGCAGGUUGGCCUUCAGUGCAGGAUGCAGCUAUAGCCCCUAAGUGUUUCUGAAUCCCUCCUGAGGAAUGCAUCACUUCACUCAGUUUCAUAAGCAUUCAGUCAGAUUUCUCUAACAAGGGGCUAACUAAUUUCAAAGCUUUUAGAAAAAAUCUGUUACCCCUGAAAACUGUGCCAGGAGUACAAAUGUAAUUUUGUUUUGGGCAUUACGUUUUAAUUUCUGUGAGUUAGUAAUGGAGCCCUCUGUGGAGUCUCCCUGAAACUUGUACCAUCAAAAACAGCUCACAGAGUAUUGAGAAAAAUGACAAGGACAAAUUUGGUUGUUCAGUGAUGUUCUGUAGCAGCUCUGCACUCUCCAGAGCUAAUCUUUCUGGACUGAAAAUCAUUCAGGCUAGAGUUCUUUGAGCCAUUCAGCUGUGUGAAGAAUAAAUGUGUGAAAAAUAAGGACGUACCAAGUGAUACGAUCUUGUAACAAAACAGAAAACCUUCAGGGUAGGUGGUUUCCAGUUGUGAGUCAAGUCAAGUGACAUAAAGCCUAUGCAUUGUUUACUUUAAUUUUUGGGAUGGUGUUGGGGAGGGAAGGAGGACAGAGAGGAAAGGCACACUGGAAUAUUUCUGCAUGCCGGUGGUAAGCCAGGGUUACUGUAGCAUACAGAUUUGGAUGAGUUGUGGUGGUCCAGAGGCUUCCUCUCCUUGAUAUGUGCAUAUGGAGCCCGCUUGUCUGGUCUGCUGCAGCACUUACAGUCAUGCCUCUCAGUGAAAGAUGCAACUGCGCCAUAUUUUGUAUACUGUCUCAAGGUCUCUGGGGUAUGUAGACAUAAUCAUAGAACUGCUUUUCUCUUUCCAGCUUUGACUUCAUAUAUACAUUUUUGACAAAGCAAAAUCAGAAAAUGCAUAUGCAUUUGUAAAUCAUUGUCUGAUCUUACUGAUGCGUCUGAUCCAAACUAAUCUGCCUUUGGGGGAACAUUGUUAAGGCGUUUUAAGUGAAUAUCUUGCUGGACCUUAUUGAUGUAAACAUUUAAAAUACUGGUUGAGUUUUAAAUUAUCAGUUUUAAUUCCUUUUCUAGUGGCAGGUGAGGAAACAAAGGAUCUUCACAUUUUUGUACCAUUUUUCUUUGUUCUGUCAGUCUUCAUCCACAUUCAUGACAUUUUUGGAACUGAAAUUCCAGAUGUACAAUUAAAAAGAAAGUGCAGAGAUUUGGGCCCGGUUUUACAGCGUAUUUAUUAUUAAAGUGGCAUUUGCUACUCUUGGAAGCUUGUGUAGAGAAAUUAAAAAUGAAUAUUAAGGAUUAAAGAAUUAGGCUUUUUGUUUUUUCAACGUAUUCAAUACAAAGAUCAUUGCAACAGAAUAUCAGGAAAGUAUGCAAGGAGAAACAGAGUGGAAAUGUUUCCACUUUAUAGUCUGUGAUCAUUAGGUUAUGCUAUGAUAGGCAAAUAAUAGAAAAAUUUCUACAAAUUGUUAAAAUUCUAAAUUAUGUUAAAAAAAAAUGCAAAAAGUACCGAGGAACAUUGAUAAUGUGAGACGGCAUCUGAGCACCGCUUUGGUGAUCCAGCAAUUUACAUAGCAAGGGUAAACACUGUAUCUAACUAUGGCAAUGAGUAACAUUUUUGAGUGGGGAUAGAUCCGAAUGUAGUACUAUGCUUCCAAUCUCUCUUCUGCAGUAAAAAGAGAAAAAUGCAAAGCAGGUGGUCUCUGAAAAGCUGUAGAGUAACGUGAACACACAUUUACCAUCUGUGAAAAUAAUUGAGAGCACCUUCCCAAUUUUUCCAACAGAACAGUUCUCCCUGUUAUUAUUAACUGUGUCAAAAGAAAGAGCUCCUACUCUCACACCAGUUCACCUUAAAAAAGUAUGAUAACACUAGUUCUCUGUAAUUUGUGAUUGUUUUACUGUACAUUAGAUUUGUGUCACAGGAAGAAAUUACCAAUAUCAAUUGCCCUUGGGUAAGAGGGAAUUUUCUCUGCAAGGAAAUUCAGUAGGAUGGAUAGAGAAGGAAAAAGCUCUCCAAAUGGUAACCAGCAUGGUAUCUGAAUCACUGUCUUCAUGCCAAAAGAUAAAAUUCUAAGUUUAAAAAAUAUAAAGCAAAUAAAAACUAUAUUGCUGUCACUGCCAAGAAAAAGCAACAUGUGUAUGUGUGUGUGCACAUACACACACAUACAGAAAGUACUGUUCCUCUCUGCCACUGUACUAAGAGCACAUUAGUCUGGCUUCUGAAUUUUAUACUUAGACUAUUAGUUAUGAGUCCAAUAUUUUUUAAGUAUUUAAACUAUAUUUUUAUUUUAAUCUUUUUUAAUUAAAAUUAUCUGAAAUUAGCUUUUUUUUACUCUUCAGUAGUUCUGAGGUGCACCUAUCUAUACAUUGAUCUAUUUUCCAUUCCUUGCACAGGUAGGUACAUGUGUUAGAUACAUGUUAUAUAUGAUAUGUGAUAAUACCGUAGGUUCAGUCUGCGCAGUCAUAGUUAAAGUACAUUUAGCAGAUGCCCAGUCUGCCCUCACUUCUGUCUCCCAAAGGAGUGUUUCUGGCAUUCCCACUCUUUUGACUAACUAACCCCAAUGUAAUGUCAUUUAAAGACCAUGCCAACUAGUCAGAGAAGUGUGUCUUUUCUUUUUUUGUUUUUUUUUUUCUUUCUUUUUUUUUUUUUUUUGGUCAUUUAGCUUCCUAAAUUAUGCUAUUCUAAAUUGCAGGCAGAGGUAUGUUCAAACUUCUAUCUAAAGCAGCUUUAGGUCUGGUUUUCACAUUCCUUCAGGAUAAAUGUGAAAAUUUUACAUCACUUCAAUGAGAAAUAUUGAUCCCAAGAUCUCCUUGUCAAGCUAGAUUCUGAGACAGCAGGUUUUAAAGCCAUUAGAUUUUUGUGUCUUAGAUAAUUUUAGAGGUGCCUAAGGUGUGCUAAGUAUUAUCAGUAUUUUCAUCUUCUGUGUUCAGCACAGCUGCCCAGGUGGUUUGAUACAGCCUUUCCUAAUACAUGGAGCAGUGCAAAGUGCACUUUCCAUUAGGCUUCAAUUUAUUUUAUUUAGCAUUUUUUUCUAAAAUGGGCUACACACAUUUUGGGGCAAAGUAGUUUUCUGCAUGAGAACUCUUAGGGUUUUUUUGCCAAAAAUGUAACAAAGUGCAAAUCUUCCCAUGCAAAUCUUGUUUAAGCCAGUAGGACUCUUGGAUUUGUACAAGAGUAAAAUUUAGUUCUUACAGCAUUGUUGUUUUUGGGAAGGGAGAAUUAACUCCCUUAACCCUUAAAUGCCAUGUGGUACAAGCAGGCAUGCAUUUUUUGCAUGGGAAAAGUGAUCUGUUCUGGGUAAACAUACAUAUUACCUCUGAUGCCAGUAUUUAAUAUUACUAAACCACUUCUGCACUGAUUGCAUUAAUUUAAAAAAUGUGUUUCUAUUUUGAACAUGAACAUUUUGCCAGAUGGAUCAAAAUUCUCAGGAUACAUCUGUAGCAUUGCUUUCCGUGUAGCACUGCUGCACACAGUGAAGAGAAAGCGGGAUUGCAAAGUCUGAUCCUGUACAGUGUAGGCUUUCAUUGGAUAACCCAAGUUAGAAUUGCACUUAAGUACACUUUUGGGGCUUAAUUUAGUGUCUGAUAUGUAUAGUCUGUUGCUUAGUUGCUUAGAAAAUUGAUUCCUGUGCUUGCAGAUUUAUCUUGUACUUUGAUUUGAAUCUGAUGAUCUUUGUGGUCAUGUAGUUACUUUAACUGGGAGCUUUUUCACCCAGUUGCAGUCACCUGCUGUGGGAGCAGUGUGGCUUGGCUAAAACUGAUCAAGAAAUUUCUGACUAGGAUUUGAGUUUUCAUAAGAGAGUGGGGGAAAGAAUGGGGAUUAAUUGGCUUUGAUUUCCAUGCUAUUAAGCAGUACUGAUUAAAAUCUCGGGUGGGUAUAGGACAGUGUGUAUUUAGUUAGCGUUAUCAGAAUUCAACACUAACCUCUAAGAAAAAACCACGUCAAUAUACAAAUCAAGAGCUACUAAAGCACUUAGUUAUAUUAAAUGAAAGAGUUCUCAGAUCAUGAGACCAUAUGGCUCCUCAAACCAGAAAAGAAAAUAAGAGGUCCCAGGUGCAAUGAAAAUGUUAAUGAGAACAAAUGUUUCAAGACUUUUCCCUCAUAAAUGUAGAAUAUAUAUGUGCACUUCUUUUUCUCUAAAUGUGGGACCAGUUUUAGUAAAAUCAGCAUAAUAUAAUCACAUUCCUAAAGCUAAUUGUGUGCAUAAUGGCUUUGCUGUAUGAGAUCCAAUUCUGUAAACACUUUGGUCUGUGUUCAUCUCACUCUGCUAGAGGCAUCUGGCCAAAUUACGAUUGUAGCUGCCAUCAGCACCCUCUAUGCCCAGUGGAGAUGGGAUCCUCCUCUCUUGUCUAGUCUGGGAGAACAUCCUUCUUAGAUUUUCAGAGUUACCUCCUGGAGAGGGCUUGUGUCUCUCCACUGACAAUAUAAUGGGCCUAGAGAGAUACACUCCUAAUUUUGGCUGUCAUUUAGAUGCCUAAAUUUAGGUUGGCGAAAUCUAGGCUGGCUCUUGAAUACAAGUGUGAUUUUACUCACCACGUAAGUAACCACACUGAGUUCAAAAGUACAGAGGUAAGAAGUUGCUUAUUUUAAUGUGUUUACAGGAUUGAGCACAAAAUCUAUAGCUUCUGCACAAAUCCAUGCAAGUACAAGAUGACUGCAGUAGUAACAAAACUGGUUCAUUUAAAAUUGUUCACAAUCAAAUCUGCAUCUUGGUAUCAGGGAAUAGAUAUGUGUUCAUUGUGUGGGGUAUUUGAAUUCAUUCUUUUCUUUGCUAAAUAAAUGAGUGAUAAAACCA